UCGAAGAACAAAGUGUAAACACUGCAUGUGGACUUCGGACGGCAGAAGGUAUCACCAUCCUUAACACCAUGAAUUGAUGGCUUCAAAUCAUUCUUUUCGAAUCCUGGCCUCGUUGGUGCAGCAUUACAACUCGAGCCUGUCCGUUGCACGAGAUCAUCGAAUUGCUGACCCCUGUCCGCGCCAGCGCACCGCAGAUCCAACCACCGCAGGCGCUGCAACCCCGGCAACAGCUCCUGCCCAAGUAAACAAAAGUGGCCCGCGGCCCACGAGCCUCCAGGAGGGAAUGUACCACAUUCUUCGCCAACGACUUCACGAAUCUGCUCACGACCCUCAUCAGACAUUGCGAAAGAUGGCUCCAGAUCCACGACAGAGUCCCGCGCACUCGCCCUCGCCGUCUGUGUGCCACGUUCCUUCUUCCGCCUCCACGCCAUCGUUGCGUUCAAGAGAUGGGACACUCCCCUUGCUAGCCAGGAUGGACGGCGGAGGCAAUGUGCGCGUUGUCGUCCGCGUGCGAGCUUUCUUGCAGAGAGAGCUCGAGAAGCGGGCGAGAUGCCUCAUCGAGAUGGAUCCCAUGACACAGCAGACAACGCUCUUCUCACCCGACGACGCCGAAACCUCCAUUCAAUUGAAACAGCAGCCCAAGUCCCGCAAGGUCAUUGAAGAGAAGAGCUUCACCUUUGACAAUUCGUUCUGGAGCCAUGAUGUCAAGGACAAGCACUAUGCUCACCAAGCCGACGUGUACAACAGCCUGGGCGAGGAGUUUCUCGACCACAACUUCGAGGGUUACCACACAUGCAUCUUCGCAUACGGUCAGACCGGUUCUGGAAAGAGUUACACAAUGAUGGGCACGCCAGACCAGCCCGGCCUGAUUCCGCGGACGUGCGAAGACCUUUUCGAACGCAUCGAAGCGGCCCAAAACGAGGACUCCAAUGUGGCCUACAAUGUGCGCGUCUCGUAUUUCGAGGUCUACAACGAACACGUCCGUGACUUGCUGGUGCCUGUGGUACCCAACAAACCUCCAAACUACCUCAAAAUCCGCGAGUCACCGACAGAGGGACCCUAUGUCAAAGACCUGACAGAGGUACCCGUCCGCAACAUUGACGAGAUCUUGCGGUACAUGACCAAUGGCGACUCCUCGAGAACAGUGGCGAGCACCAAGAUGAACGACACCAGUAGUCGCAGUCACGCGGUCUUCACCAUUAUGCUCAAACAGAUUCACCACGACAUGGAGACGGACGAGACGACGGAACGCAGCUCACGGAUCAGGCUCGUCGACUUGGCAGGUAGCGAGAGGGCAAAAUCAACAGAGGCGACCGGUGCAAGGCUCCGUGAGGGCAGCAACAUCAACAAGUCGCUCACUACUCUUGGGCGUGUGAUCGCUGCUCUCGCGGAUUCCAAGACCCUGAGGUCGGGCAAGAGGAAGGAUGUGGUCCCGUACCGCGACUCCAUCCUGACCUGGUUGUUGAAGGACUCGCUGGGCGGCAACAGCAAGACGGCCAUGAUUGCUUGUAUCGCUCCCUCAGAUUACGACGAGACACUGUCGACACUGCGAUAUGCCGACCAAGCAAAGCGCAUCUGGACCCGAGCUGUCGUCAACCAAGACCAAAUCUCCUCCGCGGAGCGGGAUGCGCAAAUCGCAGCCAUGGCUGAGGAGAUUCGUCUCCUGCAAAUGUCCGUGUCAGACUCGCGCGAGAAGGAGAAGAAUGCACAAAAGGCCGAGGAGCGUCUGGAGGAAUACCAAGAGCGUGUGGCCACCAUGCAACGCAUGAUGGAGGAGCGCAGCAUGGUGUCGGAAAGCAAAAUCAAGAAGCUCCAGACGGAGAACGAGGCCCUCAAACUUCACCUCAAGUUGGCCAUUGACAGUCUCAAGAACCCUAUUCCUCACUUUGAGGUGAAGGAGAUGGGAGAGGCUGGCAGUGAUGACGAGGAUAAGGAGAACCAAGACGAGCCGUCAGAUCCAGACGAUCUUGACUAUGACUCUGAGAGCACAGCCUACAGCGAAGAUGACCUGCAAGAGGAGAUGAGGCGAUACAUGCAGGAUGUGGGCAACCUGAGGAAGCUCAUCGGAGGCGACCUGACGCGGUUCAGGGACGAAGAGAGCGCCCGGAAGCCGCUUGGCGUGAGAGAGAGUGUUUGAUGCUUUCCGAGGCCCAGAGGCUAUUCUGGUAUACAGCACGGUGUUUAGGAGCUUGGUAUAGUUAUGACUUGUCAUGAUAGCGGAG